AUAUAAACAUGUUGCAAAGGGUAGGCGCCGCUGCCAUGGAAGUAAAGGGGAGAAAUUUGGUGAUGGUUAGAGAGUAUAAUGAAGAGAAAGAUAAGGAAGCAGUGGAGGAGAUGGAGAGACAGUGCGAAAUCGGGCAACAAGGCAAGUCUACGCUCGUUACUGAUCUCAUGGGCGAUCCUAUGUGUCGUAUUCGUCAUUCUUCUUUACAUAUUAUGCUGGUGGCGGAAUACGGAGAAGAAGAAAAUAUUGUAGGGGUGGUAAGAGGGUGUGUGAAAACCGUGACAAGAGGGAAUUCAAUGUAUGUGAAAGUGGCAUAUCUUCUGGGACUAAGAGUCUCUCCUCAACACAGGAAUCUAGGGGCUGCCACAGAACUUGUGAAAAAAGUAGAAGAAUGGUCCGAACAAAACGGUGCGGAUUAUGCAUACAUGGCCACCGACUGCAGCAACCACCCGUCGAUCCAUUUAUUCACCACAAAAUGCGCUUACCGCAAGUUUCGAACUCCGACGCUGCUGGUCCAACCGGUUCACGCUCACCGCAAGCGAGUCGACUCAGCCGUCGCAGUUGUCCGUCUCACUCCCAAACUCACUGAGUCAAUAUACCGCAGAGUUUUCGCCGACUCGGCCGAGUUCUUCCCCAAAGAUAUAGACAAUGUGCUGGGCAGCCACCACAGCUUGGGCAGCUUCAUGGCGCUGCCCAAAAAAUGGUUGUCGAAGUGGGACCCGGAUGACGUCAGCGUUCUUCCUCCGAGCUACGCGGUACUGAGCGUGUGGAGCAUCAAGAAAGUGUUCAGGCUCCAAUUAAAGGGCGCGUCUCGGAUGACGCGCGGAUUUUGCGCGGCUUCGAGGUGGGUGGAUUCUCGACUGCCGUGGCUGAAGUUACCGUCGGUUCCCGACGUGUUUAACAAGUUUUGGGUGUACUUUUUGUACGGACUUCACAUGGAAGGAUCUUGUGCUUCGGGGCUCAUGAAAAGUCUAUGCAGCUUCGUUCAUAAUAUGGGGAUGGACGAUGAUGGGUGUAGGGCCAUUGUGGCGGAGGUGGGCCCACGUGAUCCGGUUCGUACGGUGAUUCCUCAUUGGAGGAAAUUAUCAUUGGAGGAGGAUCUUUGGUGUUUGAAGAAGCUGGGGGAUGAUGAGCCGUCUGAUUGGACUAAAUCACCAUCGUCGAAUUCUUCAGUGGUUUUUGUUGACCCUCGUGAUAUUUGAUAGUCUUCAAAAAUAUAUUUUUUUUUUAUAGUUUAUUUAAGAGUAGUUUUUAG